CUGACACUCGUUAAAUCCUGGAAAGUAAUUUGAAGUGAAGCGACGAAACACAAACAAAAGCGAUGAAUCUGGUCGCUAUUCAUCGCGUUUCCUUCGAAUGCGUUUCGCGUUUCUCUUUGAAACAUAGAGAAUCAGGCGAUGGAUUCUCCGGCUGUCGGAUUGUAAAUUCGCGUGGACGGAAUCGGCCGAUUCGGCGGUUGCAUGCGGUGACAGCGAGUUUGAUAACCAGUGCUGACUCGUUCGAGGUAGGGCGGCUUAUCGGAAGCUACGGAUUCAUGAAUGUAACUAGUUAUACAGGGCUGCAGUCAGGAUCUGACUUUGAAUAUACGUCUGAUGAUAUUGGGCGAUUAAAAUCUCAAGAUAUUGGAGAAGGUGCCGUUAAGAUCAGACUAUAUCAAGGACGAAUAUCUCAGGGUCCAUUUCGAGGAACGCCUGUCGUCUUUAAGGUCUACCCCGGACAGCGUGCUGGUGGAGUUGAGGCUGACAUGAUGGCAGCAAACGAGCUUAAUGCACACUCUUUUCUCCAGAGCAAAAGCCUGCCUGCUAAUCUGCUUCUACUUGUUGGUGGCUUUGAGACACAACUUGGGGAACAGUGGCUGGCUUUUCGUGAUGGUGGGAAAGAUAGUGCAGCUGACUACGCGCAAACUGCGAGUGAAAAAACAACCAGAGCUCGCUCCCAAGGAGUAUGGAAUCCUUAUGAAAAAGAGCAGAUGAUAAAACGAAGGAGAAACUUUGUUAUUAAGAUCCUUCAGGGUGCAAUGAAGGGUCUAGCCUUUAUGCAUGAUAAUGACAGGUUACAUCAAAGCCUCGGGCCAUCCUCAAUUGUUCUCAAUACACCAGCGGAACGAGAAGCCAUCUAUUUAAUACCGAGGCUGCGAGAUCUAGCCUUUUCUGUUGACAUAAGGCCUUCAUGCUUGGAAGAAGGAGCCACUUCUGGUUCACUGUCAGAGCAACUUUGGCGAAGGGCAAAUGCUGCUGGUGCUUACACAGUUUUUGAGAAAAGAGCUUUUGGGAUUGCAGAUGACAUAUAUGAAGCCGGUCUUCUUUUUGCAUACUUAGCAUUUGUUCCAUUCUGUGAAGCAGGCGUAACGGAUUCUCUUUCUCUUCAGAGGCUACUGGAAAACACUUUCCGGCUGGAUAUCGAGGCUGUAAGAGAGUACUGUUUAGCUGAUGAACGCCUCGAAGAAGCGGUAAAGUUUCUGGAUCUUGGUGAUAGAGCUGGUUGGGAAUUGCUCCAGGUAUCUAGUCAUUCCAAUUUUCUCUGCAUCGUGGUUCACAGUAAAAAAAAAAGUUAAAUAACUGAACUCUGAUCAAAGUUAAAUGGAAACGGUAAUGAAAAGAAAAUAUCGAGAAGCAUGGAGGAGAAAUGCUGAGAACGCUUAUGAUAGAGUCAACUGAUUUCAUGUUUGGAAAGUUUUGGUAAUUUGACCAAUAAUGUCUCUGCGUGUGGUGUUUUGGUAGGCAAUGUUGAACGCUGACUAUAGGAAGCGGCCAAUGGCGGAAGCUGUUCUUAGUCAUCGAUUUUUGAAUGGCGUAGUUUAAAUGAGAAGAGACGAAGAUUAUGUAUUUACGUAAUUAUCUACAACUAUUAAUCCUUGAUCCAUGUUCUGAACAUAUAAUCAUAUAUCGUGGGUUCCCAAAAUAUGAUAUUGAAUCUGCUCAUCCUGCACUAGCUAUACUAAGA